CUAAACACACACGGUUAUUAUCUAUUUUCCUAUUGACCUCUGCAUAUGUGCCGCCAAAUGUGACCGGUAGGUGGCGCGGCGUCUUAUCAGACAAUGACUGGGCGGCAUUGUUUGGCCUACUCACGUGAAUGUUGUACGGGUAUUAGAGGUGCUGUAGAUUACACGAUCAAUUGACGUGAGCCUAUGGAACAUGCCCGUGGAUAUGCAUAAGAACGUUUCCGUACAAGUUGACAGUGAUUUUGCUUUAUUGCUUCCCAGCGGAGUUUAUGAGAUUAAGAAGAUGGAACCACGCUCCAAAAUACGAACAAUUAUUCUGUUUUGCCUAUUCUUAGCCAUAGCGGGCAUCAUCGGCUUCGGCUACUUCUGUCAAGAUCAGGUAUGUGCACUAUCCAAACGCGCCGUAAUACUCCAAUCGCCGGACAUGAUGGCCUACAAUGAGCUUCAGCCCAACAACAACAACAACAACAACAAUGCAGGCGGCAGCACGUCAAUUGCGUUGAAAGCCUCAGCCCCACAGAAUAUUAUUGCCAAUGCCGGGCUGAGCUAUGAGGAUGUGCUGAACGACGAUUUCCAAUUCGACAUGGAUGGCCACGAUGUGAUGGUAUUUCUGCACAUACAAAAGACAGGCGGCACAUCCUUUGGACGGCAUUUGGUGCGCGACUUGGACCUGAAGCGUCCCUGCGAGUGCCAGCGCCAGCGCAAGCGUUGCUAUUGCUUCCGUCCGCAUCGCAACGAGAACUGGCUCUUCUCCAGGUACUCGACCGGCUGGAAGUGCGGCCUGCACGCCGACUGGACGGAGCUGACCAGCUGUGUGGACGCUGAGCUGGACAAGAACGAGGGCGAGACGGCCAAGCGUCGCUAUUUCUACAUCUCGCUGCUGCGCGAGCCCAUCUCACGCUACAUGUCCGAGUACCGCCAUGUGAGACGUGGCGCCACAUGGAAGGGCUCCCGGCACUGGUGCCUGGGCCGGCAGGCCACGGCCGCCGAGCUGCCGCCUUGCUACAAGGGCAAGGACUGGCUGGAUGUCGAUCUGGAUCAGUUCGCUGGCUGCGAGUCGAACCUGGCGGCCAAUCGGCAGACUCGCAUGCUGGCCGAUCUCGCCCUGGUGGGCUGCUACAACAAGUCCUCGAUGCCGGCGCACGAGCGCGAUCGAGUGAUGUUGGCCAGCGCCAAGCGCAACCUGGCCGCCAUGGCCUACUUUGGACUGACGGAAUAUCAAAAGAUGUCCCAAUAUAUCUUCGAGGAGACCUUCAACCUGCGCUUCGCCAUACCCUUCGAGCAGCACAAUGCCACGAUUUCGGCAACUGCCGUCACGAAUCUGCGUCCCGAUCAACGACGCCUCAUCGAGAAGCUGAAUAGCCUGGACAUUGAGCUCUAUGCAUUUGCCAAGAAUUUGCUGUUCCAGCGCUUUGAGCACCUGAAAGCGAAAGAUGCUAAUUUUGCGCAACGCUUCGCUAAUCUGGGCAAUAUAUUCUACAAGCAGGGCGUCACGGAAUUCAAUUGGGAUAGCAACAUAGAGGAUGCGCUGAGCACGGAUCACUGAACGGAUCUUCAAAACCAAAUAUUAAUGUUUAGCAUUUAGUUGAUAAGGAAAGCGGAUCGUCUGCAAAUGAUGCAGUAGAGAAAAGAAAAACAAAACAAAGGACUUUAAACUAGGCUUAAGCUUAAUGUUAACAAUUAUUAUAAACAAAAGAUCGAAUUACUAUACAUAAAUAGAUAUAUGAAUGCAUAUACACAUAAACGCAAUCAAAAAGCAAACCUAAUUAUAGAUACAACAAAUGGCAGAAAUAUUUGCAGCUCUCAUAAAUGUAACGAAAUGCUGAAUAAGCCGUUAGAUAUCCUACUUACGUACAUAUAAACUAACAACACUCCUUGCUGAUAGAUAAGUCGUAGUGCCCGAUCACACGCAUACACUCUCGUAUAUUGUAAAUAGAUCUACGUAUCCUGCAAGUAAAAUAAUAAUAUUAUUUAAUUACACUCAGCGCAUAAACUACACGCCAUAAUUUAGUUGUAACUCUAAUUAAUAUAUAAUUAUUUUUUUGUAAUCGAUAACUUCUGUUACGUAAAGCCAAAUCUACAUUUAGUGCAUAGCUCUGAUGAGAACAAAAACAAACACAAA